UACCAAUUUUAAAACAUCCAGUAUACCUCACCACGUCCCACCUCCACCCACCCCCAACCCCUUCCCCCACAAAUAAAGAGAUGCACAUGAACAAUCCAUGAAGAUACCAAGAAGACAGAUAAACCAAAACAAUCCACUUACCAAAAAUAUAAAGAUAUUCAGACACAACAAAACCAAUGUCAAACUGCCCUUUAUAAUUACAUAGCCUUGUACACACAAAAUAAAAGCAGAUGGAAAUGUAUUCUUGGAUUCUCAGGAAGUUUCAAUCAAGACUGCUAUUAUUAGCAGUCCUUUCAUUUGGAUUAUUUAGUGUUAAAGCUGAGGUCGCUCCAUCUGAAGAUGAAGAUGUAGUUAGCAGUUUCCAGCCAAGCCUUGCUGUGGUUAUUGGUGUCCUCUCUAUCAUGUUUUCACUAACUUUUCUUCUUCUCCUCUAUGCCAAGUUCUGUCAUAGGGCAUCUUCUUCUGUUCGUAACAACACCAAUAUUAUGCAUAUUCAAGAUGGACUUGUUCGAUCAGUACUGUCAUGUUCCUCAGGUAUCGAUAAAACUGUGGUGGAAUCACUUCCAUUUUUCAGAUUCUCUUAUAUCAGAGGGUCCAAACAAGGGCUUGAAUGUGUUGUUUGCUUAUCAAAAUUUGAAGAUAUUGAAAUCCUUAGAUUGCUGCCAAAGUGCAAACAUGCUUUUCAUAUUGACUGUAUUGAUAAGUGGCUGGAAAAACAUUCAACCUGUCCACUUUGCAGGCAUAAGGUCAGUGCUGAAGACCUGUCAUUACUUACUUAUUCAGACAGUUUGAGAUUCUUGUGGAACCAACCUGAGCUAAGAGAUGAAUCAAAUUUGGAACUAUAUAUUCAAAGAGAGGAAAAUGGAUCCUCAAGAUUUAGUAUUGGAAGCAGCUUUAAGAAGGAAGAAGAAUCGCCAAUACAAGAAAACAAUAUUGAUAAUCAAAAUCAGAAAGCACUACACAGGUUCAAUCAUAGGAUUAUAGUCUCAGAUGUUGUCUUCAAGAAUCGAUGGAGUAAUGUGAGUUUUUCGGACCUUAUGUUCUUGAAUUCAGAAAUGCUCAAUGGCAUGGCAAGCAACAGAUUCUCAUCGAUGGACAGAAUUACUGAGCAAUCCACGGCGAAAAGAGUGAUAGAAGAAGAAGGUCAAAGAAUGAAUAUCAAGGAUGAAAUGGAAAGGAAAAGAUUGUUUGAGAGCAAAAUCCAGCAAAAUGAUUUAUCACAAUUUCCAGAAGCCUCAGAAUCAAGAACCAAUUCAUCAAAAUCACUAAGUCAAAAUGAGAAAAGAUGCAUGUCAGAAAUUAUAGUGCAUCCAAGAUUCAUAGAUUUCAACAACAAGAACAUUGGUAAUAGAAAGCUUUCGGAAAGGAGGAGGAAGCUUUGGCUUCCAAUUGCAAGGAGAACAGUCAAGUGGUUUGCUAAUAGGGAAAGAAGGUCAUCACAUACAGAAAACAGAAGACAAACACUAAAUGUAUAGACUUUUCAUAAGUAGACAAUUUUUUUUUUUUAAGCAAGAUUUUCAGUGAUAAGCAAGUUGAGAAAUUAUGCUUUCGGGGAUGUAAUUUCGAUCUAAACCCGUAAACCCAUAACUUUAUAUUCCAUGAAAAGAUUAUCAUGAUUUCUGAACGAACCGAGGGAGAGUCGAGGCAUGAAAAAACUUAUCUAUGAUCUGCUUAUUUCCAAGUACGUAUCAUCCCCUGCCUUAUCUGCCGUCUCUGCGGCCGCCAAAAACCUACCCUCUCUCGGAUAUUGAGUGGGUUGACAUAACCCGCCAUCUUUGGGCAGGAGUCGUCAGAUCUUGCCCAGGCAAUGGAGCGAUAGACACUCGCUCGCAAGUUUUAAGAAGUGAUAAGCGCAAGGACAAGUCGAUUCAGAAAGGGGAAGAGGAGUAGCCUAGCCUGGUUCUUGUUUGUUUUUCUUAGCGGUAUAGUACGGCACAUUGUGAAUCACAAUAUAGUAAAAAUGAAAGGCUGUACUGAUUCAGUUUCCAAAGAAAAAUCAAGCAUUUAGUAAUGUUAAUUGCAUGAUCGGCUGUUAGGAUGAUGGGAACGAUUGAGAGUCCUCUAGCCUGGUCCCGUCCUUGUACCUUAGUAUUCAAAUUGUUCUUAUCUAAUUAAUAAAUCUUUUCGAGAUUCUUAA